CCAAAAUAAAUUCGCAUCAUUUUGGAAAUAAUGAGUGAAUUUAUUUUCAAAGUAGAUGAUAAUGAUUUUGAUAAUGAUGAAAUGAGUGAUGUUAAUGAUGAUCAUGAUUAUUCCUCGAGCAUCAAUGAUGGAGAUAAUACAAAUCAUUAUGCAGGAGGUGAUCAUUCUUAUUUGGAUCAAUGGCCUCGGAGUUAUAGAGAAACCACAGACUCGCUCUCCAUUGCUGCAUCACCAAAUGGCCUUAGCAUUCUUAGACAAGCACAAGACAUAACUCAAAGUAUAACACAAAGCAUAACCAAUAUAAGUCAAAGCCAUCAAGAUCUUGGUGUUAAGGCACCUUUUCUUACCCCUAAUGAAACGUCUAAAGAGCAGUUUGACAGAUACUCCAGUACCUUAACAUGGUCAUCCGUAGGCAAAUCAUCCUUCUUUCAUCCUUCUGGGGAGCAGAUUACUUACGGCUGCAAUGUCACACAAACUGUCUUCAAUGGGUUCAGUGUAUUUGUUGGCAUUGGACUUCUGUCAGUGCCAUCAACGAUACAAGAAGGAGGUUGGGCGAGUGUAGGAUUAUUACUUCUAUAUGCAGGAAUUAGCUAUUUCACAGGUUAUCUCUUGAGGAAAUGCAUGGAGAUCAACAAAGAAAUCAUCACUUUUCCUGACCUAGGAGCAGCAGCAUUUGGAAACUUUGGCCGCAUUUUUGUAUCAAUCAUCUUCUAUAUCGAGUUAUAUUUCAGUUGUGUGGAAUUCAUAAUGUUGGAAGCAGCUAAUCUUGCUAAAUUAUUCCCAAAUGUUUCCUUGCACUGGGGUGAUCUUUACCUUGGCCCAGUUCACUCUCUUGGAAUAAUUUCUGCUCUUAUUGUUCUACCAAUUUGCUAUCUCAGGGAUUUUCGCAAAAUUUCCUUCGUUUCUGUUGGUGGCGUAUUUGGAGUAGUAUGCAUAGCGCUUUCAUUGCUUUUAGUUGGUACUACAGAAGACAUUGGAUUUCAUCAAACUGGGCCUUUAGUGAAAUGGAAUGGCAUUCCUUAUGCUUUUGGUGUGUUUGGUUUUUGCUACUCCGGCCAUUCUGUCCUUCCGAACCUGUAUCAUUCAAUGUCAGACAAGAAGAAAUUUCAAAAGGCACUGACAAUAAUUUUUGCAUUGUCUAUCUCAGUAUAUCUUCUUGUGGCUGUAUCGGGGUUUCUCAUGUUUGGCGAGGACACUGACUCCCAAGUCACCCUUAACCUACCAGAAAACUCUGCUGCCACCACAAUUGCCCUGUGGACUACUGUUCUGAGCCCCUUCUUCAAAUAUCCUUUGUUGCUAAAUCCAUUGGCCAGGAGUCUAGAAGAGUUGCUGUCCCCAAAUCUAUCCAACAGUUGCUGGUGCAUAAUUCCUCUGAGAACUACUCUUGUCGUUUCGAGUGUUUGUGUAGCGUUCCUGGUUCCCUUUUUCGGUUAUGUGAUGGCCUUUACUGGAUCACUACUGUGCUUACUAACGUCUAUUGUAGUUCCAGCUCUCGGCUACAUAAAAGUUGCCAAGAACCUGUCAACUAUACAGAUUAUUACGUGUUAUGCAGUCGUGGUGAUGGGGCUUGCCGUGGCAGUACUUGGAACCUAUUCUUCAAUCUACAACAUUAUCCACAGCUAUUGAUAGACUGAUAAACUUUCACCUGAGAUUUCCAUAAUUUAACCAGAACAAAUGUAAUUAUCAAGUGUGUAUAUUUUUCCAAUCAAUUCUGUCUACGAAAUGAAUGACUUAGGACUAGAAUUCAAGGAGAGUUUCUUCGUCAAAAGCCACAACAGGGCUGCAAGGCUCAAGCACCCUGUUGCAAAGGAAAACAUUAUCCACGUAAAGUUCGCAACUCCAACUUUCAUUCCAAAUUUGGAAAUUAGCAUCUCAGGAACUUGAGAUUGAGUUUUGAACAUUGCUCCCUCUGUUGAACAUCUUUGAAUCUCCUGAGUACGAAUUUUGGAAGUAGUAUCUAGCCUACGGGCUGCUGUAGUGAUGAACGAGAUAGUUGAAUAACUUCAAAUGUUUUUUGAAAUUGAAGACAAAAAAUGUGUUCUUUCAUUCUCAAGAUCUAUGAACAACUAUUAUUAUUUUCGUAUCUCUAUACUUUCUGUUAGUUGCACUUUGAUACUUUCUAAUUUCAACAUAGAUAUUACAAUGUGUAUCAAUAGUUGAUUCGUUUUUUAUUUUUUAUUUAUUUAUUUAUUUUAUGAGCAAAUAAACAAAAUCCUUGAUUUAUCGAAUUGAAUUGGGAAUCUUAGUUCAUUACAUCUUUGAAAUUCCAUAUUGGAUAGAAUUUACAAUACUAUCAAUAGCCUGAAAAUUGGGACAAAACUGAAACGGAAAAAGUAGAAUUUCAUUGUCUUUCAGAAUUUAGCUGUUUUAGAUAACAAAUGUUACUCAUGAUGCAAUUGAUCAUUCGAAAAACAGCCAGACAUCAUAUCAAAAUGGUAGCUUUCAUUGAAGAUAAAUCUGUUAAUGUUAGCAAGUGUUCACCACUUCAGGAAAGAUACUAGACUCCUCUAUCAAUAGGAACAACGGGGUAAGCCAUUUCAUAUUUUUUGAGGCUCGUUCCUUUGCCUAAGGGAAAAAAAA